GUUGUGGAGUCUCAUGAUCGUCAUCUUCUCGCUCGCCCGAUCAUCGUCAACACACGUUUGGUGAACUAGUCAAAGAUAACAACGCAGGAAAACACCGCUGCAGGUCUUCACACACCGAUCAGGCAACGAUGCCCGUGUGGCUAUGAGACAUCAGGAGCCAUGGCGGGUUGGCAACGGAUAACCGCCCGCUCCUCGCUGCUGCCAGUCGGCUUGUUGUUGUUGCUGUUGGCGGUAAGGAGCGACGGGAAACCUCUGGAAAAAUGCGGCGGCGACAAGUCCUGUCAGCCCCAAAGACCCCCCGUGGUCCUCAUUCCCGGGGACCUGGGAAACCAGUUGGAGGCGAAGCUGGAUAAGCCCAGUGUGGUGCAUUACAUCUGUUACAAGAAGACCGACUCCUUCUUCACUCUAUGGCUCAACCUGGAGCUGCUGGUGCCUGUAGCCAUAGACUGCUGGAUAGACAACAUAAGGCUGAUCUACAACAGGACCACACACUCCACCUCUUCCCCCCCGGGUGUGGAAAUCCGUGUACCCGGGUUCGGACAGACGUAUCCAGUGGAGUAUCUGGACCCAAGCAAACGUAGUGUGGGCAUUUAUUUCUUUACUAUAGUGCAGGCGAUGGUGGAGUGGGGUUACACCAGAGAUGAUGAUGUCAGAGGAGCGCCCUAUGAUUGGAGAAAAGCCCCCAAUGAGAAUAAAGAGUAUUUCCUGGCACUGCAGAAGAUGAUAGAGGAGAUGGCGGAGAAAGCCGGCGGGCCUGUGGUGCUGAUCGCUCACAGUAUGGGCAACAUGUACACGUUGUACUUCCUCAACCAGCAGCCACAGGCCUGGAAAGACAAAUACAUCAAAGCUUUCAUCUGUCUGGGACCGCCGUGGGCCGGGGUGGCCAAGACCCUCCGCGUGGUCACUUCUGGUGAUAAUAACCGCAUCCCAGUGAUCAGCCCGUUGAAGAUUCGCUCCCAGCAGCGCACUGCUGUCACCACCUCCUGGCUUCUCCCCUAUGCCCACACCUGGCCCAAAGAUAAGGUCUUGGUCCAGACACCCACCACUAACUACACCGUGCUAGACUACAAGCGCUUCUACUCAGACAUCGGGUUUGAGGACGGCUGGUUGAUGCGGCAGGACACGGAGCCGCUGGUGGCCGACCUCACGCCCCCGGGCGUGGCCGUCCACUGCUUGUACGGCACCGGCAUUCCCACGUCGGAGGGGUUCCUAUACUCCGGUAAGUUCCCAGACGUGGAGCCCAUGGUUCUGAGCGGCGACGGGGACGGGACGGUCAACCUGCUGAGCGCCAUCCAGUGCAAGCGGUGGGUGGGGCAGCAGAAACAGCCAGUGAUGUUACAAGAGCUUCCCGGGAACGAACACGUGACCAUGCUGCUGAACUUCACGACGGUGGCUUACAUCAAAAACGUGCUGUUCUCCCCGUGAUGCUGGCAGAAAGAAACACACACACACACACGCUCUCGUGCACAGAGCCAUAAGUGGACAUAUUGGUCUCACCUGUCUCUCUGAACAUUUCCCGCCAGAAUACUCCCCUGUACACGCCACACUGCUCAAGAAAAAAAGUAUUGAACUUUCGUAUUAAUAUUACAGAAUGAAAGUUUUAAAUUAAUUUUAUACCUUAGCUGUACUAUAAUUUCUGUUAAUUAAUGUCAGCUUGUUUACUGUUGAGCAAAACCUAAAUACAAUGACUUUUUAUAAUGAAACCCAAGAUUUUACCUACUAAAUUCACACAGUGAUGAUGAUGAUAAAUCACAAAGCAGGGAUAAACUGUAUGUGCCACUCUCUGAGUUAUGAAUCAUAGUCAGACCUUUUUUUAUUAAUGUUGUGAAAGAGACUUGUGAACUCUUGACUCUAAUGUUAAUGCUAAUUGUUAUAGCACAUAUUGUGUUUGUAUCUUUCUAUGUGCAACAGGUCACAUGUUUCAGUGCUCGGUGGAUAUUUAUAGCACCUACUUAGACUUUUAGCAAAACAACAUGCUUCCUUUUUUUCUGUCAUUUGAUUUAAUUUAAUUUGAUUUCUAGUAAUCUAUUUUUCUUGAUUUCUUUUUUCUUUUUUAUUCUUUGCAUGCAGCCAAGCUAUAAAAUUGCCUGACGGUUCAGGGACUUUAUUGUUUUUUAUUAUGUUACAUCCACGUUACAUGAGUCGUGUGCUGAAGAGCCCGAUCCAUACCUGGGAUACGGACGUUUGAAUUUAGUCGCGUUAAAGCUGCUCAACAGACAAACCAAAACCAGUUUUCAAAAGUGGAAAUUCACUCAAAGUCCCACUUACUUGCUUUUUCGGGAGCUUUGAACUGCAUCUCGAUGAAGGAAGUUUGCUACAAUAAUUGGGUUUGCGCCCUUCACUGAGGAAGACUAUGAGAUGUAAUUGAAAGUUCCAGAAGAGGCCAGGAAGUAGACAUUGAGGUACUAAUACAUUUUUUUAACAUUUAACAUUUUUAAGCCAAAAAAAGAAAUCUGUGUUUAAGUGUUGGAAUCAGUGUUACAAAGAGUCAUGCAGAGAAAUGCUGCUUUGUGCGUCAACCUCUCUGGCCAGCAUAUAUUCCUCCAUCACCUCCAUCCACCACUGCUCAUACCUGGUCACUUUUCUCUCGUCCUGUCCGGCGUAUGUCGUCGGUUCCGUGAGUAUUUUUUUCCUCGGGAUUGGUUUGAACCAGGUGCCUCAACAGGCUGGAUUUACACAUUGCUUAGAGGUUAAAAACUCGACUCCCUGUCCUUGUGGAAAUGCAGCCGGAAUCUCUCUGACCGGAGUGAUUGUACUGUGCUAUCCAGCCUACACUGGACCAAACCAAAAUGAUAUGCUCUAAAUAUCAUAUCUGCUGUGUACUAUCAGUAAUGUGUGUCAUAAAAACAUGUGUUGCCUAGAGAUAGUAAAAAUAUUUCAAAUAUUA